AACCAGUGAAGACCCGUCCGUCCUCUCUCUGACCGUAAUGGAUGGUAGCAGUGGUGGUGCAACUUCACAGCAAGAAAGGUUGCCAGUUUUCUUCAACAUGGAAGAGAAAAUAAGGCACCUGCUCAACACGAGAGUGACCACAGAUCAGAUCCGCACUUACUUCAACCAGCAGGAAUUUUUCAGUAGGUGCUCCUUCUACAUCGAAAUCAAAGGCAAGGAUUUGGAAACACAAACCACCAGGUCUGUCCCUGUCCAGAACCUCAACCCACAGAGGUUAAUGCGGGUGAAAUUUGACGCCAAGACCCAAGUGAGAGUGCAACUGGCCUAUCAGACAGAGCUCCUCAAAAAGCUCGUCAGGAGCAGGGAAGAUAUUGCAGUCAUUGCUGACAAAAUCCAUCAUGGAUACGUUGUUGGUGAAGAAGACGACAUUGACCGUAAAAUGUCAGAACUUCAGGACACUGCUGCUGAGUUUGAAAAUGCCCUUUUGCUUGGUCCUGUCCACAACCGUCACAAGCUCAUCUUCGAGGAUAACGGGGUUGUAGUAGUUCUGCGGCUCACUUUGGAACCAAAACUCAAGAAGCCAGUGAUCUUUGAGAGAGACCUCUGUGACGUGUUAUUGAAAGUCGCCUACCUACACUGGAAAAUUGAGGAGCAGGAGCAGGACGAGCCAGGCAAAGAGUUCCAGAUCCAAUACAAUGUCCGAGAUCCAGAAAUCCACGAUGCAAGCAACCGGUCGAUCAACUGUGGGCUUUACAGAGCAGCAAUUAUGCGAAAUUUGGCUACAAAGCGCUUUAUCAGAGAUCAAAUGCUGAUUGUUGAUUGUAGAAUGGGCUUAUUGAGUUAUUAUUUUUAUUGCAUAUGAAUUUACCAUCAAUAGGGUGAACUCCUGCGACCUGGUCUACAGCAUGUGGA